AUGUCUGUCUCCGCCAUCUUGCUGCUUGUUGGAAUAUUAUCGUCCAUUGGAGUACUAGAAUUUACAGGAAUUUGCUAUGGAAUAAACGGUAAUAAUCUACCAUCAAAGCAAGAAGUUGUGGAUAUGUUUAAAUCAAGGGGUAUACCCAGAAUGCGCAUAUACUCUCCAGAUGAAGAAAUAAUUCAAGCCCUUAGAGGUUCAAGGAUAGAGUUGGUGAUGGACGUGGCUGGAGAUACCAUUCAAUCUCUUACAGAUCCCAAUGUUGCUGCUGAUUGGGUCCAUCGUUAUAUAACAUCCUAUUCACAAGAUGUCAAUUUCAAGUACAUUGUUGUUGGAAACGAAGUUCACCCCAAUUACGAUCUUGCCCCUUACAUUUUACCUGCCAUGACCAACAUUCAGAAUGCAAUUUCAUCAGCCAAUCUGGUAACCAAGGUGUCAACAGCAAUAGACACCACGUUGGUUACCAAUUCCUACCCACCCAACAACAGUGUUUUCACCGCAGAUGCAAGCCCAUACAUAGGGCCCAUUAUCAAUUUCCUAGUGAAGAAUGAAGCCCCACUUCUUGCCAACUUGUACCCUUACUUUGCUUAUGUUAAUAAUCAGAAAGACAUUGAUCUUCACUAUGCUCUUUUUACUCAACAAGGAACCAAUGAUAUUGGGUACCAAAACCUCUUCGAUGCUAUGUUGGAUUCAAUAUACGCUGCUCUUGAGAAGAUAGGUGCACCUAAUUUGGAGGUUGUUGUAUCUGAGAGUGGGUGGCCAUCUGCUGGCGGAGACGGAGCCUUGGUUGAUAAUGCACAUGUUUAUUACUUUCGUUUGAUAAAGCAUGCCUAUAGUGGGAGUGGAACUCCAAAGAGACCGGGUAGGCCUAUACAAACAUUUUUGUUUGCCAUGUUUGACGAAAACCAAAAGCCAGGUGCAGAAGUUGAGCGACAUUUUGGUAUAUUCAAUCCUGAUAAAUCACCCAAAUACUGACAUAUAGGAUGUUCCAAAAUUUGAAAAUGGAAAUUGGUGUAUUUUGAAAAUAAUGUGAUCUU